AGAGCAAACUUAAACAUCACCUCUCCAGCUUCCAUCUCAAGAAAGAAGAAGGAAAUAAGCGAGCAAUCAACCAUGAUCAGCACCAAGAGGAUUCCUCAGCUCGCCAAGAAGUGGCAGAGGAUGGCAGCGCUUGGGAGGAAGCGCCUCACCUGGCAAAAGGAAUCCGACGAGUGCUGCACCUCUGUGGCGAGCAAGGGCCACUGCGCGGUGUACACCGCCGACGGGGCGCGGUUCGAGGUGCCAUUGGCAUGCCUUGGGACAGCAGUCUUCACGGAGCUCCUGCAGAUGUCGCGGGAGGAGUUCGGCUUUGGGGGUGAUGAUGGCAGGAUCACACUACCCUGCGACGCUGCGGUCAUGGAAUACGCCAUCUGUUUGCUCAGGAGGGGCGUCUCUGCGGAGGUGGAGAAGGCAUUCCUGAACACCAUGGUCAUGCCGUGCCACUACAAAAACAGUGUGGCACCGUAUGUGGCAGCUUGCUGUUAGAGUUGCAGCUGUAUAAGUGGAUGUAUAUUGUAGUGUUCAUCAGUGUAGGUAGGAAGUAGGAUACAGAGAGGUUAUUCAGAGCCUUCUGCGUUCUGAUCCUUCAAAAAGAUCAAGGAUGGUGGCUAGCAAGUUAGUGCCACUGUUCUUAUUCAAUGUACACAUCCUUUGUUGCACAAAUUAACUACUUGUUACAAUUUGGGGCAA